GUAGACUCGGGUCUUGCAGGACCCGGCUUCAGGCAAGAUGGCAGGCUCACGGUGAGCAGCUGUCAAGGGAUGAAAAUAGGUAUGCCCAGAAGCAAAUUUUAAAAGCAGUUUCCCUUCAAAUCAUUUUUUCUCAUACCACCUGAUAAGCAUCUUGAUUCACCAUGGUGCUAGCAGCAGUAAAAUGGGCGCUAUCAAACACAUCUAUCUUGAAACAUUUAUUUCCAAUUCAAAGGAUUUUUGCAGAUGGAGCUAUUUAUUGGGCUUGUCAUAAAUCCACAUAUUCUUCUCUUCCAGAUGACUAUAAUUGCAAAGUGGAGCUUGCUUUGACAUCUGAUGGCAGGACAAUAGUAUGCUACCAUCCUUCUGUGGACAUUCCAUAUGAACACACAAAACCUAUCCCUCGGCCAGAUCCUGUGCAUAAUCAUGAAGAAACACAGGAUCAAGUGCUAAAAACCAGACUGGAAGAAAAAGGUGAACACUUUGAGCAAGGACCCAUGAUAGAACAACUUAGCAAGAUGUUCUUUACCACUAAGCACCGUUGGUAUCCUCGUGGAGAAAUCAGCCUCCGGUUUUCUUCUGGGGAUUUGUCCUUUCCCUGCUCUCACUCUAUGAGGUCUCAGGGGCAUUCUAAUUCUUACAUCAAGAAUGGAGCCAUGACCCAGGCCCAAGGAAACCUGCACAUUUUUCCUGAGGUGGUGGAGAGUUGGAAAUAUUUCUACCUCAUUAAAUAGCUUACGUUCCAAAAACCCAGACAGAGCACCUGCCA